GUGAACAAAGACACGCGACGCGACAUCAUCCCGAUUCCAACCAUACCAGUCUUGAACCUUCCAUUACGACAUCGGUAGCAACGGAUCCCAUCUUCCAUACCAUUUUUGAACGGACUAUUGUUAUUGACGUAGAUUUCGAGAGCGACAUCUAUUCAAUUCCUUCACAAUGGCCUCACUGAAGCGUAAAGCGUCGGAUGACGACUCCCCAUUCGCACUGUCUCCAUUCUUCGACGCCUUGAAUCAGACCGUUCCUGUCUGGCCGCACACCCGAUCAUAUUCGCAACAAUUCUUCAACGCAUCCUUCGAGCCGCGGCUGAAAGACAUAUCAUCAUGGAGUCCCAGCUCCAGCAGCUCGGUGUCAGUUGACUCGACCGACAGCGGCAGGACUAGAAAGCGGUUUCGAGACGACAGACCGGACGAAGCAACGGUUCACGAGAAUACAAUCAACAAGCUAUUUGACGCUCAACGCCAACCAGAACCACCCGUACCCUUCUUUACCCGCCUCCACAAUGCCACUCGACAGGAACUACCUUCGGAUCCCAUUCAAAGAACGAACCUGCACUCAUUCUGGUCUCUCCCGGGCACUCCACACAAUAUGCCCACCAGGCCACCUCACCGAACCAGUGUGAUGAAUGAGGGCGUCAAAUGCGAUGACUGCGAUUGCUUCGUUCCGAGCUCAGAGGCAGAAGACUCCCAGUGUUCGUCGUGUGGACGGACGGUGUGUUCCCGGUGUGCAGUGGUUAGGGACAUGCGGUCUUGCCUCGAGUGUGCUCGUUGAUACGCGUUAGUGGCUGUCUCCAUCCAGAUUAUUUCGGCGCGUCUGUACCUGCCCGUCGAACUGAGUUGGCCUCUUGUAUCCCGGGUGAUGCAAGAGGCCGUGUUAGGAUUACCG